ACGCUGCUAGUUUAUGACGUCAUUAAAGUGCGACCGCAGAACGGCAACAUGGGAAAGCAGAAAAAGACAAGGAAAUAUGCAACAAUGAAAAGAAGGAUCAGCCUCAAAGACCAGCGCGUUAAUGAGAAGGAUCGUAUAAAACCUCAAAAGAAGCCUGAAGAUCCAAGUGCAAUCAAGGAAAGAGAAGUACCACAGGUUCCUUCCUGCAUGUUCUUCCAGUAUAACACUAAUCUGGGUCCUCCCUACUACAUCCUGGUUGAUACAAACUUCAUCAACUUCUCCAUAAAAGCCAAGCUGGACAUGGUGCAGUCUAUGAUGGAUUGUCUAUAUGCAAAAUGUGUCCCCUGUAUCACAGACUGUGUAAUGGCGGAAUUAGAGAAGUUGGGUCAGAAGUACAGAGUUGCUUUGAGGAUAGCUAAGGAUCCUACGUUUGAACGCCUACCCUGCACACACACUGGAACCUAUGCUGAUGACUGUCUUGUACAGCGGGUCACUCAGCAUAAAUGUUAUAUUGUUGCCACGGUUGACAGAGACCUAAAGAGAAGAAUCCGGAAAAUCCCUGGUGUUCCCAUCAUGUAUAUCUCAAACCACAGAUACAACAUUGAACGGAUGCCGGAUGAUUAUGGAGCACCUCGUUUUUAAACUUGCCUGGAUGGAGUACCGCGUGACGCAAGGACACUUGUUUGUCAGAGCUCUGCAGAACAUCGGUCACAUGACUUGCAGAGCAUGGCACAAAGCUUGCAAUCCCCUCUUCUAUGGUAUUAAGAUGUUGGACUGUUUAGGUUUGUGCUGUUGUUGAGGAAACUCCUCGUGCACAACUAAACAAUAACUUUGUACAAAAUAAGGAUGAAGACCACCUAGGAGACUGAUUGCAGGAGCAGAGUCUACAUUAAUAACAUCUAUAGGAAUCUAGUUCUAUUAAACAAUAAAUCUGCUGUUUGUCUAUUCUGUAA